UCCUGCCUCGAAGUACCGAACGCAAUUAACCGUCCGCCCAGGAUGGAACCGUUCGGAACUUUUGUAAGUCACUGCACGGCCGCUGCUUAUGGUGGAAAUGUAAUAGAUAUAAGUACAGAGCGCGUGAGCGAACUAAAAACGCGAUAGAGAAGUAGAGAGAGGAUGUUCCGUCCUUGUCUAAUGACGCGCACUUGUACAGGAAAUAUGUAACAGCGGUAUACGAGCAGCGUCAGUGUCCACUAGUGUGCAUGCCUGAUUAAACAAGAACAGGAAGUAUCUAUACAUGGUGUUCUCUUUCUAUUUCCAUGUUGCAUCCAUCUUACUAUACAGUACACACACUCAGCUAUUCUAUCAUUAUAUUUGUGCGUUGCUUAUGUGUGAACCAAACAUUUCCAUGACAACAAAUCGUUUGUCUCUUGUUUGAUGCUCGGUUUUCAACGGAGUUAAAAGAAUUUUUUAAGAGAAACGUAAUGGACGGGUUGUUUUUAAAGUAAUAAACGGAAAUUCUCGUAUCCAUUGAGAAACGAUAGGCGAUUUGAAAGUAUCACUAUGAACGGUGAUUUAUCGAUGCAAGGUAGUAUGAAUAAGAUAUUUUAUAAUCUGCGAAAAAAGGUAAGGAAUAUUCUAGAUUUUAGAUUUUAGAAUUUCCACGUCACAGACGAGUGUGUUUUGUUAUUUGAUUUGUAAUAUUGCUGCAGUUCUCUUAAUAGCUGUUCGUUUCAUGCGAUACUCGCACAUAGUAUCUAUGACUUUUGCUUCUAACAAUUUUUAUAAUUAGGCUGUAUCAAAUAUUUUUAACGUUCGUGUUUCAUGAAAAAUCAUGUGUAACUCGUUGAAUUCGCAAAUGUAACAAAAAAUUACAUGAAAAACCUUAUAUUAUUGUAAUGAAAAAAUAAUUAUAUUAGGAGGAGAGUCGUAUUUCGGAAAGUCAUCGGAACAUAUUAUACCUUGUAUGUGAUUAUUUGGAACACAAUGGGUGAGUAUAUUAUAAUUAAAAUAUAUUCCUAGUUCCAAUUCUUUUGAAUAGUGUCAGUGACCAAUCGAAAUAGAAAUCAGUGGACAUCAUGGAGAGAGAAGGCGAAACCAAAUUUGAAAAUUCGACAUCGGUAAUUCAGUAGUUAAGAAUAACUCAAUCGAUAAUGUAGAUUAACUAGUUAUAAACAAAUAUAUGAAGUAUAAAUUCAAAUUAUUCUUAUCCAUCUAAAAAUUGGAAAUUAAAAAGCAGAAGACAAGAAAUUAUCUUCGAGGAUUUAUAUAGUAUAUAGACGUUAGCGAUGUAUUAUUCCGGGAAGCUCGUCUAUCUCCCGAACAUCGGGUUUGCGACAACAUCGAUUUGGAAAUUAUCGUUGCAGAGUAUGAAAAUUAUUACAAGAUGAAAUUUCAAAAAUAUCCCAUAUUGUGUAAGAAAAUAACUGGAAGGGAAAUGACGAGGGAAGUGACAAAUGCAAGCAAAACUGUUUGUAGAAGUAUUGAGACAAAAGCCAAAUCUGUUAGUAAACAAGCGAGAAGUGAGCCUGUGAAAGAGACGAAUCUACAGCAGAAGAUAACUGAUGACAAUACGAAUCAUAUUAAUCUCGCAAUGACAGUGACGUCAAUAUUCCCCAAUGAGAGUGAUGGACGUUCAUCAGAAGAGCUAUUUAACGUCCCAAUGGAACAAUCCAUGCAAUCGAAGAUAUUGAAAUGCAUUGAAAAGUUUUAUUCAGAUAAUCCGGAAUUACGAAAGAUUGCUGAGGACAUCUCAUGCAGAAGACGCCAUUUUAUCUUUGUAUCGUCACAGGAGAUCAUAGUAAACAAAUUAAAUGUACAUUGGGAUGACGUUAUAGGCCUAGAGGAAUGUAAAACCGCUGUUAAGGAGGCCGUUGUGUAUCCCCUUAAGUAUCAUAUCUUUUUUGAUGGCCCGUUUUCCCCCUGGAAAGGUAUUUUGCUGUACGGCCCACCUGGUACAGGGAAAACGAAGUUAGCGAAGGCAGUCGCGACAGAAUGCCAUUGCACCUUUUUUAACAUAACUGCCAGCUCAUUGGUCAGCAAAUGGAGAGGCGAUUCCGAGAAGUAUAUACGUGUAAGUUGCUUUGUCUAUGUUUUAUUUGAACUUGCCUAUAGUCAUUCGCCUACAAUUAUUUUUAUCGACGAGAUUGACUGGAUCGCCACAAAUAAAGGAGACUGUAUAUUGUCUGAACCUGCAAAGAGAUUCAGAUCAGAACUUCUUUCUAGAUUGGAUGGAUUAGUGUCUAAUGAGAAUUCUAAUGUAGUUCUUCUGGCUACAACUAAUUCCCCUUGGGGCAUUGAUGCAGCUUUACUCAGGCGUCUCGAAAAGCAAAUAUACGUAUCAUUACCCAAUGAAGUUGCUCGACUUGGUAUAUUCAAAUUAUACCUUAGCAACCACUUAUUAGAAAAUACAGAUAUUGUAAACCACAUAGUAAAAUGUACUGAAAGAUAUUCUUGUGCAGAUAUAAAAUUGCUUUGUAAGCAAGCGUGGCUACCAGAAAUAAGCCCGAUAUGGAGGAGACUUGAAAAGAAAGAAACACCUGUUACCACUUUGAAAUAUGAAUUAAAAAGUUAUGAAAUAUUAGCAAAAUUGUUACAAAAAAUGUCACCUACAGUUAUGCAAAUAGAUAAAUAUGAUACGUGGAACAAAUAAAUACGCAAUCGUAAGGACA